AAGGCAAAGGCUAAGAAGGCGAGUCAUUGUUGUGGGCCUUUUGCGAGGAAGAAACGAGCAUGGCGUUCAGAGGCUAAAAGGCAUGGUAAGCAAAGGAUGGAAGACGGUUGGACAUGGAGUGCCGGAGAUUGCACGAGAACAGAAGGUAGGUGCGUGGAAAGAUGGGACCCAUGGGACGAGCAAGGUCCACCAAAUGGGCCAUUUGUACGGAUCGGGGACUGCCAUGGUAGACUAGGCCCAUCAGGCGAGCGGUCGGAGUCAGGCGCGAACGAAGGGCUAAUAUGCGAAGAUGCGCAUCAUGCGGGUGAUGCGCGAGCAUGGGGCACGGCGACUAGUGGCACGCGCGAGGAAUCAGCGGAGCGCGGGACUGAUGACGAGCUGGCGAGCAUGGAGGCUAAACGCGCAGAAUUGACGACCUCAGAAGUCGUUGUCCAGUUCCGGGGAUUCAAUGCUGAGAAAUUCUCGGGGCAAGGAGAUCCACGUUUAGUCGAGGAGUGGAUUCAGGGUCUUGAAUCUAUUUUCGAGAUCACUGAAUACACAGACAGACACCGUAUUCUCUGUGCACAACUUCAGAUGACUGGAGAUGCAAGACUAUGGUGGAACUCUUACUGGGGCAUGCGUCCUGGUGAGAAGGAGCAUCUCACUUGGAUCCAGUUCAAGGAGAUGCUAGAAGAAAAGUACUAUCCAGCUCAUUACCGUGCUGAGAUGGAAUGCCAAUUCCUGGCCUUAGUCCAAGGUAAUCGCUCUGUGGGCGAAUACAAGCGAGAGUUUACCAAAUUGGGAUCUUUUGUCA